AUGGCCAGCUGCCAUGCCCAGCUCCUAGCCCAGGAUCUCCAGCUGCUCCCGAGCCAGGCCCUGCUGCAGGAGUGGGGCAGGGUCCAGCCCAACACGGAGGGGUACAGCAGCUGCUCCCCAACGCCCUCCACAGACUCCAGCGGCCUCUCACCCCUCUACCCCCUCUGCCCAGCUCCCCAGGAGCCCCGCAGCAGCUGCUCUGCAGCCUUGAGCCUGGUGCUGACGCCAAGACGCAGGGCUGGCCUGUGCCCAGCCUACGGGAGCAGGAAGGGCAGCCGGGGCAGGGCAGGCGGCGGGCAGAGGCAGAGCGCCAGCGAGCGGGAGAAGUUGCGCAUGAGGAACCUGUCCAAGGCUCUCCACACCCUGCGACGCUACCUGCCCCCCUCGGUGGCACCGGCCGGCCAGAGCCUGACCAAGAUCGAGACCCUGCGCCUCACCAUCCACUACAUCUCCCACCUGUCGGAGCUGCUGGGGCUCAGCGAGGAGACGCUGGCCCAGAGGAGAGAGGGCCCACGCCGGCGCUGCCACCUGUGCCCCGAGGGGCUGGGUUGCUGCCAGGCCAGGACCCCUGGCCUCCAGGCAGCAUCUCCAGCCCCGUGGCAGGGGUCCCCCCCAGCCGCAGAGUCCUGGGUGUCGCCCACCUGCUGCCCUGUCGCAGGGACAUCCCCCGAGCCGCACGGGGCACUCAGCACAGACACAGCCGCUUGGCUUUCGCUCCCUUACUGCCCUGCCACAGGGACGCCCACCGAGCCGCACGGGGCACGAACCCUGGAUGCGGGGCCAAUGCUGCUGCCAGCUGAGUUUGCAGGCGCGGGCCUGUCCUCCCAGGGGGAGAAACCUGAGAAGCAGCCGGUGGCAGAGGAAGUCCUCAUGAGCCUUGGCAGCCCAGCUGGAGAGGGCCACACGCACGAGAGGAAUGAGAGGGACGCAGUCGCUGUCGCUGUCUGA